AUCUAAACGAGGAUAUAGGAAACCUGUGUCUUCCCUGAAAUCAUCAUCACCGUCAUCCUCCUCAUCAUCCUCAUCAUCCUCAUCCUCAUCCUCAUCGCCCAAGUGAUUGACGGUCUAACGAGUGAGUGAUCAAGUCGCCGUGUGACGAAUCUGAACACGCCCCUCCACGCCCGAUUCGCCUCUCCCACACUGACAUCAGGCCCGCUCCUGCUACUGUGGUGGGCUCGAAGGCGCUGGUUGACUGACACAUCUAGUCCCUACCCGUAUUGUCGGCGUCACUGCUCAGCCUGGCGGUCUGACCCGUGAUCCACCCGUGAGCCUCACCUCGCCUGGUUCGGAGGAUCGCGCUUACCACAGCGGGCACGCACACUAUGGCCAACGCGGGUCGGGGGUCCGGGGGCGGUGCCGGGGGUGGUGGUGGCGGUGCCUCGGGCACGCGCAUGUCGCAAUUCAAAUUGGUCCUGUUAGGCGAAUCGGCCGUGGGUAAAUCGUCGUUGGUUUUGCGGUUCGUCAAAGGCCAGUUCCACGAGUUUCAGGAGUCGACCAUUGGCGCGGCCUUUCUCACGCAGACGUUGUGUCUGGAUGACACCACGGUCAAGUUUGAGAUCUGGGACACGGCCGGUCAAGAGCGCUACCACUCCUUGGCGCCCAUGUACUAUCGGGGUGCGCAGGCCGCCAUUGUGGUCUAUGACAUUACCAAUCAGGACACGUUUACGCGUGCCAAGAAUUGGGUCAAAGAGCUUCAGCGACAAGCACGCCCCGAUAUCGUGAUCGCGCUGGCCGGCAACAAGUGCGAUUUGGCGCAGAAGCGCCUGGUCGAGUAUGAAGAGGCUAAUGCCUAUGCGGAAGAGAACGGACUGCUCUUUAUGGAGACUUCGGCCAAGAGCGCCAACAAUGUCAAUGAGAUCUUUUUGGCUAUUGCGCGUAAGCUGCCGCGUGACGCCGAUGGCGCUGGGGGUGGAGCGGGCGGCUCAGGGGGCAUGCGCGUGGCUUCGGAUGGCGCCAGCGGAGCGGGUGGGAAACUGGGUGGGUGUUGUAAGCAAUAGGGUAUCCCAGUCACGCGCUAGCCCUUAGCCCGAUGGUUUCCAGUGGUUCGCCCCAGCGUUAUUCCGAUCAUGCCUGAGCAUUUGUCAACCCACACCCCUGAACUCCCCCACCCCACCUCCUCUUCCUCCUGCUCCUCGUGGGUGGCCCUCUCCGUCAUGCCUGAUUCCCUCUCACCGUAUGAUGUGCCGCAUUGGCUGCCCCUCCCCCUUCUACCACUUGAAGACGUUCUGAUCAUUAUUACUACUAAAACAACAACUUCUAUUACUAUUAUUAUAUCAUUAUUACUAUUAUUACUUUUAUUAUCAUUACUAUUAUUCCCAAAACCAGAACCACCACGGCGACAACGACUACCACUCUUACUACAAGUACAUCUACAAGAACAAGAACAACAACAUCCACUGCUACUACUUCUCUAUCUGAACAGAUUAGGUUAAAUGAUGAAUAAACUACCACAAA